AUGGUGGAAACUCAAAGCGAUUUCGACUUUCAUCAGUUGCUCGUUCCCACGCCCACCAACGAUGGGCCUCCUCCGCGUCACUCCUCCUCCGCUUCUUCCGGUCCGAGUAGCGAUGCUGGUUCCUUCAUGAUUCCGGACAGUCUGUCUCGGAGCAACUCAGCCUAUUCGUUUUCAAGAGCCUCCUUCAGUAGCCAACUGGCCAGCCUGACCGGGAUUAACUUGCCCCAGGCCGAGUCUCUUGCUGCCACCGUCACAUCCCUUCCAACUGCCCGCAAAGCGGUUAAGACCCUCAUGAGUGCCGCGGAACAAAUACAAGCAUGGAACAAGAAAGCCUUAAGAGUGCUGGAGAGUCUCGACGCAGACGAUGAUGUUGAAUGGGCAGCCGCGGCAGGAAGAUUGGGGCUCGACGAGACCGAUAAGACCAUCCGAAGGUUCGAGACUCUGAUUAACGUUUACAUCUUAUCGAUUGAAAAGCUACAAUGUCGGCCAGAUAUCGGCACGGUCAAGGCCGAGGAGUUGCAGGCUGUUGUCGAACAGAUGGAAGUGACACUGGAAGGAUGGGACAAUGUUCGCAAAGAUUUGAAGAAGGUCCACCAGCAAGUGGAAUUGGCCAUGGAAUGGGAAGAGUUGUGGGCCAAAGUUCUGGGAGACGUUGGAGCAGAAAUGGAUAAUCUCAGUCAACUGGUGUUUGAAAUGGAAGAGAAAAGGCACGCAGCAUAUCAGGCGCCAACACCGGCCGGUCCCAGCCAAGCCAUCGAUUUGAACGAGCUGGAGAGCUUCAUCGACGAACCUUCGGAGAAGAGGACUGCUCCCAAUUCUCGCUUCAGUCUCCCUCCGUUUGAGUCGUCGCCUCUGGGGUCGCCGAUCAUUGAGAACCCUCAGGAUGACUCCAACCUCCUGGCUCUGUUUGCCCGCAUGCAACCACUUCGGGCGUCCCUGGAUUUCCUCCCCAUGAGGCUAUCGAUGUUCCAGUCGCGCGCCGAAAAGAUUUUCCCGAUAGCCUGCCAAGAGCUUGAUGAAAAACGAACCCGCUUGGAGAAAAACUGGACGGAACUCUCCAAGGAGGCGGAGAAUCUCCGACGUGAGCUCAGCGAGGAUCGAUGGGUGAUCGUGUUUCGCAACGCUGGCCGGCAGGCACAGAAAAUGUGUGAAUCAGUCGAACGAAGUAUCCUCAAGGUCCAAGAGGCCAUCACCGAAGACUAUCGAGUGACGAACCCGGCCGCUUUGGCGAAAAGGAUUGAAAGCUUUGAAGCGAAAAGGAUGCAUUAUGGCCCCGCCAUCAAUCGCGUUCUGGGUAUCAUUCAGAAAGGACUCAAGGAUCGUUUGACGGUGAACGGAGAAAUUCUUCGUCUCCACAAAGACCUGUCGUCUAGGAUGAGAGAUCUGACUGAUACGAUGGAAGACCUGGAGUCGCUCCUUGAGCCUUACAGCACGCAUCAGAAUUCCAAACUACGCGAGUCGAUAUCAAGUAUCGUCUCUGCGGAUCGUUCACUUACUAGCACUACCUUUGCUGGAACUCCAGGCAGCUCACCUCCUUCGUCGGUUGAUCUACCGCCUCACCGGAUGGACAAGUCCACACCCAAGUAUGGACUCAAGGGCUAUACCAAGCAACGGACACCCUCAUCGAGUCGGCCGCCACCUUUGACUUCAAGCAACAGACGAGGGUCAAUCAUCCCCCAGAGCCGACGCCCGACCACGCCCAUGUCGCAUGCUAGUGGGAGUGCGAUUAGACGUGGGGUGUCACCUUUGCCGGGGCCUCCGUCGGUGUAUCGGCAAGGAGUCUACUCUCCUCCAGUGGUGUCUGCACCACCUCGACCGAGUCCAACUCCGGUGCCGAGUAAACCAAGAUGGUCGGCCGUUGUGAAGUCGGCCGAUGUUCCCUUGGCACCGACGUAUCGUUCUUCGUCCGCCACAAAACCGCCGACUGCACGGAAGUAUACUCCACGCUCGAUAUCUUCAAGUACCGCAUUGCCAUUAAGGAGUCCUCUUAGUAGAGAGGCCACAUCAUCACCGUCGUCUAUGCUACCGACGCUGUCGAAGCGAGAAAGUCAACAGUUCCGAUCGUUUGCCGAGCGAGUUGCUGAUCCUUCACCGGCUAGAACAAGUCGCCUUAUGGACCCGGUGCCGUACCACCGAGGGCGGAAUUCCAGUGCUCCUGCAGUUGGCACCAUUAGAUCGCCCUCUUCUGUUGCCGUGCACAGCCACAAUAAGCCCACCAUGAGCGGGACUACGAUCCCGAGGCCACCGUCGUCACUAAACAGAAACCACGGGCCAUCGACAGGUCAACGACUACGUCCGGUCGGCCACCAGCCUCGGCUUGAGAGCAGGUUAGGACAGAGUGAAGCUGACUCGGAGGAACUGGACCGGAUGAGCGACCAUGAAGACGACGAGAUGACGGAACCAAACUCGAGUCCGUUGUCGAAGCGAACCAUCACCAGACCGAGCAGUGUUCUGGCGAUGGCGAAUGGAAAGGGGAAACGCAUGUCACUACUGCCCGUUCCAGUUGGGAGUGGUAGGCAAAGUUCUUUGGGGUCGAGGAUGUCGUGA